AAAAACUGGAAUGAAACAGCAAAGUAACAAAGAUGCUUGCCACUGGAAGAGCUCAGAGACAAAAAGCAGUGGACGGCCUCACCUCUCCAAGCAACUCAGGCAUGCAGGAGGAAGAUGCAUACUCCUCUCUUCAGUGGGAUAAUCCAACCCCAAACCCUUUCCAGAAACAUCUGUCUUCCACCAAGUAUUCAGGAACAUGGUGUCUUGCGAUGAUGGUUUUAUGUAUUUUCUGCGUUGGCUCACUAGCAACCUCCAUUUUUUUUGGCAUUAAGUUGUUCCAGGUGUCUGCUAUCGUAAUGAAGCAGCAAGAAAAACUUACCCAACAGGACAGAGCACUGCUGAACCUCACACAGUGGCAAAGAAACCACAGCCUCCAGAUGAAAUAUUGCCAAACCUUCAUUGAAAACUCUUUCUGUUCAGACUAUAACUGCAGCCCUUGUCCAGACAAUUGGAUACAGAAUGGAGAAAGUUGUUACUAUGUCUUUGAAAAUUGGAAAAUUUGGCACAGCAGUAAAGAGGAUUGUUUGAAAGAAGGCUCUAAUCUCCUACAAAUAGACAGCAAAGAAGAAAUGGACUUUAUCACUGGCAGCCUGGGGAAGAUCCAAAGUGGCCAUGGUUACUGGGUGGAAUUGUCCCAGCACGGACUCAGUCAGCCGUGGCUUUGGCAAGACGGCUCCACCCCUUCCCCUGACCUGUCGCCUGUACAGACACCCCAGUCGACUAACCAGCUGUGUGGGUAUCUCAAGGACAAGUUCCUCUCUCGCGCUAACUGCAGCGUUUCGAAGUAUUUUAUUUGUGAGAAGUAUGCGUUAAGAUCCUCUGUCUGAAAGAAAUUGUGCUCGAAGGGAUCUCUUACAAAGCAUUUGGAACAGGGCACGGGGAAACCUACCCCUAAAGGACACAGAGCAAGUGCAGAAGUAAACCAGUGCGUGAGCGAUGAAGCUGCCUACCUGGGACUCAAGACUUACUGUGGCAUUUAUACUAGGUAAUGUUCGUCAAUACUUUCCAGAGUAUUGUCAAUACACUCAUUUGACAUUGUUCAGAUUGCUAAGAAUAAAACUAAUUUAGAGCUACAGAGGACAAAACCCUACAGGUUUUUGAACAAACUGAAGAAAAAUAAUUUCCAUUCUUUUUUUUCCUCUUCCUUUUCUUUAGUCUACAGUAACGGUGAAAUCCAUACAGAAAUCUAUAAAUCAUUGCCAAGGUGAUGUAGUUCUAGCUGACUGAUUUCUCAAAAAAUAAAUACAUCAAUGUGGCCUUUUAAACGGGCUGUCUUGCCAGAUAAUUCUAUGCAUGUUUUAGGCUUGUAGGCAUUAUAUUAUUGGGCUGGGAAGGUGGGAGGUUGGAGAUACGGGUUUUCAAACUGGAUGACAGGCUGCCAU